AUGGACGCAUAUCCCAAAGACUACGUCAACCACAACCUCCCUCUAAUCUUACUUUCAGGCCUAGAAGCAGACGGGGUUGAUAAUGGAGCAUCCGUGGAUUAUCCUUGUCUUGCUGAGACCGGACCUAGGAUCUUCUCUGAUUUCCCCCCGCUGAGCGGGGCCGUUGCGGAGGAGCUGCGGAGCGCACUCUUGGAAGAGGAUGGCUCCCAGAAACCUUGGAGAUCAACUGUCAGUCCAAAUGGAACAGCCCCUGUAAUAAAGUACAAGAUCAAGAGUACUGGUCGAUCUUAUCAACUGCCUCCGCGGAAAGCAACCCGUCCACAAAGUUCACCACCUACGAGUCCCACCAGUGACCCAGAUAGCAACCAUCCAGCUGCCAGCGCACCAUACAUUCUUCACUCUCCAAUUUCACCGUUGUCUCCCGGUUCUCCCACCUUCCCAGAUGGUCUCCUCACUCCGUUAUGGGUGACAAAGCACCAAGAUCUUGUCCCGGCCGCAGUGAUCAACUUUUUCCCCUUCUCCCUCGAUCAGAACAUGAACUCACUGCGAGACAAUCAAUUGAAAAUCGAGAUCAAUAGCCUGAAGGAGGAGUGGGCAUCCUCGGGGGUUAAAACACGGUUUGUGGUGGUUUUGAUCUCGGAGGAGGGCGACGGCGGUCUGACGGGGGAAAUUGAUGACCGCGUCGCGGCAAUCCGACGAUCUACAAACCUGGACCAGAAGUCUAUCUUUAUUAUUCCGCCGGAUGCCACAUCUUCGGAGCUAAAGGAGUUUGCGACAUCACUGUUCUCGCUGUUGCAACCUUCCGUAGUGGAAUACUAUCGGGACUUGUCGAAACAUGCCCGGCGCAAGCGGAACAGGGGCAGUAUUCCUCCCCCAAGUGCGCCACCAACUAGCGGCACAUCCCAGACUUUAUCGUUCCAAGGCUGGAACGUGCGAUAUGAAUUCAAGCUUGGCAUUUUCGCUGAGUUCCGCCAAGAGAUGGAUGCUGCGUGUCGAAAUUACGAAAGUGCAUAUGAUACAUUGUUCGGACAAGAGGUCUUUGAGAACAUUGCAGGCUGGGAUCCUCGGUUCAAUGAUGCGCGUCUGUUGGGUGAUGCCCUCGCCAUACGUAUCAUCCGCUGUCUACUAUGGACAAAUCAGACUACAGCGGCAACGCGUUUUUGGGUCGAUCACAGACUUCGCACCCAAGACAUUGUCAACCGGAGAGGUAAAGGCAGUAAGAAUUAUGGAUGGGAGGCUUGGGAAGCACGAUGGUCUAUGAUCAUGGCCCAGCUCAUACGCCGCGCAGAAACAUCUCUAUCAAUGGAGGGCUCUACUGAGAAGGGAUCGGAUAUAUCUUCAAUAUAUAGUGCGCCCGAAAAAGCCAUCCCUGCAGGAGAACAAGUCAGCCCGUGGGAGCAUCUUCACCAUGAGGGGUAUUGGUUAUACCGCUCGGCAAAGCAUACUAUGCGACGACAAGCUUUGGCAGAGCGAAUCCCCGAUGAAGAUCGGAUUACUCCCGGUCAAUCACCUGCCUCUCAGAUCGCCAGCAAAUCAUACUUGUAUGAUACAUACCUAGCCCCGGAGACACAUCUUGAAUCCGCCAAGCCAGGACAAACAGGGUUCGAUCACUCGCAUCUGAUUUUAAGCACACUGCAGGAUGCUCUUGGUGAAUUCUCCAAGCGGAGUCAAGUUCGAAAGGUGGAACACAUUAGCUUGGAGAUCGCCGAAGAACAUUUAAGAAAUGGCUCCUGGUCUGAGGCAUACAAUGUUUUGCAGCCCCUGUGGUCAACCCUGACCUGGCGUCAAUCGGGAUGGUGGCACUUGAUGGAAAGUUUUGGAUGGGCAUUGAGACAGUCUGCUCUUAAGCUACAGCAGUGCGAGACGGUCUUACGAGUGGACUGGGAGCUUCUUAACAAAGUUUUCCCACCAAGGUCUACUUGGCAUUAUGACAUCCACAAAAGCCUCGAAGAUGUUCAAACCGAGAAGCCCAAACCGUCCGUCGUUCUCCGGGCGGAGGACGUCAUGACUAGUUUAACUGCAUCUCUCGUUUUUGAAAAGUCCGAAGGAAAUGUCGGUGAACCUCUUCACGCUCAACUCCUGAUCACAUCUUGUGCCCAAAAAUCUUCAUCACCCAUCAAACUUUCAGAAGUGAAGCUUGUAUUCGAGGGGUGCCUUCGCCCUGUCAAGCUUCAAUCCGACCAAAAUCAAAACUCCGACACAACAACCUCAUCUUGCAUCUCAUCAAUAUCUCUGCGGGAACCUAGUACCCAAGAAGACUCAACUCUUCAAUCCCCAACUAGUGGUUUGACCAGUCUGGUUGGCGUUGCUGAUUUGACAAUUGGUCCUUCUCAGACUAAGAUUUUCAACCUGACAUGUAUUCCUCGUGAAGCCGGAGAAGCUCAAGUUGCCUCAAUAGCUAUGCUCGUGGAAGAGGAAAAGUACGAUCUCACAUAUGUGAUCACAGAUCACAGCACCCGGGAAUCCUACUGGUGGCAGCAUAACAGGAGGGGUGCAUCUCGCAGAAGGAUCGGAAAAGACCGCGAUGUUGGCAAAUGCAAGAUCAUGCCCAAACCGCCCAAGAUCCGCAUUUCCACUCCUAAUCUCAAGGACACCUACUAUACUAAUGAGCGGGUGGCGCUGCGCAUCAGCAUUCACAACGAAGAGGACGAAGCGGCUGAUGUUUCGACCGAGAUCAGGUUGUUUGGGCCUGUGGAAUCAACUACGAAGCUCAAAUGGCUCGAUGCAGAUGAAAUGUCCGACCCCGAAGAAUCAGGGACAAGUUCUCCGAUCGAGGGUCCGUCUCAUUGUAUCAAAAGGACCGUUGGAGCUAUGGAACGUGCUUCCGAUAAAGAUCUCCUUAUUGUCUUGGACGACACCCAAGAGGCUGCGAAACACACCCUGGAGAUUUCUGCAGUAUAUCAUCUCGUCUCUGAUGUCCAAACACCCAUAAUGAAGACGAUUACUGUGGAAUUGUCAUUUAUCCGGCCGUUUGAAGCCAACUACGAUUUCUUACCUCGAAUUCACCUUCAGCCUUGGCCGAACUUCUUCUCGGUCAAUGAUGAAUUGAUUGGUGACGAGACCAGCGAAACCCCAGGUGGCUUGUUGCAGAGGUGGUGCCUCAAUUCCAAAUUGGUUUCAUUUGCCCUGGAGCCUCUCGUGAUCGAGCAGAUGUCCUUGAAGCUUCUGACCUUGAGUGGUGGUGCCAUUUGCAAUGUCGAGUCUGAGACUCUAGUUAGUCCAGAAACUCCACAAAUCGCGGCGGAGGAGCUGCGUGAGUCCAAUUUCUUCCUUGACAUACAAAAGCUCACAUUGGGUGAUCGUCGACCGUCGGCACUCAACUUUGCAUUGGAAAUCAUCUGGCGCCGUGCGUCGACUGAUCCAGAGAAUGACGGCGAUACUACUGUGACCAUUCUUGAAGUCCCUCGCUUUGUGGUCCCGAUGGGCGAGCCUCGGGUGCUUGCUUCAGCAACUCCUUCCAAUGCUCUACCUGGUCUCAUUCAUCUAGAGUAUACCCUUGAAAACCCAUCCACUCAUUUCCUCACCUUCAAUUUGAUGAUGGAAGCUAGUGAACAAUUCGCCUUCAGUGGCCCUAAGACAAUGGUGAUACAGCUGGUUCCACUAAGCCGCCACACAGUUCGAUACAAUAUCCUGGCCGCAAAACGCGGUCUCUGGAUUCAGCCCCAGCUGGUGAUAGUGGACACCUACUUCAACAAGACUCUCCGGGUUCUUCCGACGGGCGACAUGCGCCCGGACAAGAAGGGGCCUUUGGUGUGGGUUGAUGCAGAAGAUUAG